AGCACAGAGAUAUUGAUUCUACAAUUUUCACUCAACAUAAUAUCCUACACUAUUUGAUUGAGGCCGUAGAAUCCAAUGGCUUCGCAAUCGAUGCCCCAAAACGACGGCGUAGCAAGCAAAAUUGUGGAAACGAUUAGGGUUAGAGUUCCUCAGGGCCAGAGCUCUUGUGCCAUGUCGAGCUCUUGCUCGACCAGAUUCAUGAUCCAGAACCACUCCAACUUCAAGCGAAGCGGUGCCCCGGCCCGGUUCAUGUUCUACCAGGCCGGUUCGUGGAUCGAUUUCCCGAGCGAAGUGUUCGGAGGUCUGCGAUUAGGGUUCUCCGAAGGCAAGCCUGUAAUCGACUUGUCGAUUGGAGGAGCCAAGUACCUCUUCGAUUUUCUGCGCAUGUUGCAGAUCGAUUUCGUGACCGAGAAUCAGAGGUCCAUUGCUUGGAUCGAUGAGAAUGGUAAGUGCUUUUUCCCCAAAGUUUUCGUCGACGAAGAGUUCGAGGAGGUGGAGGAGAAUCAUGCGAUUCCGAAGGUCGAGAUUGAGAUUCGAGUUGACAUGGGCGGGAAUUCGAAUUCGAAUUCGAAUAAUUCGGGUAAGCGGAAGAGAGUGGAAUUUGAAUCGAAUUCGAACGAGGACGAGGCCGAGGUCACUUCGUCUAAGAAGAAGCUGCGAGACGACGAAGAUGGUGCAGCGAAACGCCUGUGUUUAACGCCUAGUUGGCCGAAUGCGAAGCCUUUGAGCCAAGGAGAUAGAGAGUACUCUGUAUAUAGCAAUUUAUUGAUUAAAGGGCUUAGGAAGAUUGAUCUUGAAAACUAUGCUACUGUUACUGCAAUUCACCAAUGUACGCGUACAGGACCAUUGGAGAGAGCUCGCUCACAAGUUUUUGAGAAGCAGAUUGAGAUGAUCAAAGCAGCUCGUGGAACGUCCAAUGGUCCUGUGUUUGCGUGGUAUGGCGCUUCAGCGAAAGGCGUGGAGGGGAUUUUGAAACAUGGAUUUGCAGUGCCAAACAAUGGGACUGGUAUAUAUUUGUCCCACGUGGACUUACCUCAUAUAAGUGCUCUGCGAUUGGAGGCAGAUGAUAAUGGCGAAAAACAUUUAAUACUUUGUAGGGUAAUUUUGGGUAAUGUGGAAAGGGUAGGGCCUCAGCAAUGCCAUCCUUCUAGUGAGAUUUUUGAUACUGGUGUGGAUGAUAUUAAGAAUCCGAAAUGGUAUGUGGUAUGGUGCACCAAUAUGAACAGCCAUAUUCUUCCUGAGUGUGUUGUGAGCUUCAAAUCUUCAGGCUACUUGAGAGGACAUGGUAAGUAUCCAUUUUCCCAAUUAUUUUCAAAGAUGAAGAGUUCCCUUCCUGCUUCGAAAGUUCAGGAGUUGAUGGCUUUGUAUGACAUAUUUAAGGCUGGGAAGGUGGCUAAAGAUGUUUUUAUAAAACAGUUAAGAUCUGUUGUGGGAGAUGAGAUGCUGCGGUCAACCAUUCAGGAGAUUCAUACUUCAGAAUGGGGUUCUUCUUAGAUUUUGUUUCAUUUGGAGGAUUUAGAAAUGCUUUUGUCAUUUAUAUCUUUCACCUCAAAAAAAGGAAAGAAAA